AUGUUGAAUUUAGUAGCUAAGGUUAAAGCUCUUUUAUUGCAAGAAUCAUUUGACAUUCUUUGUAAGACGUUAAAACCGGCAGAAACUGACAGGACAGACAAAUCUGCCAAAUCUGCCAUAUCU